GCUACUGACUCAAGCAAAAUCCCACUUCUGAAAGUACUAAAGAGAAAACAAUCUCAGCUCUGUUUACCGACUAGAAGUCAUCAUGCCUUGCCAGUCCAAUUUUCUGACACCAAAGAAGAGAUAUAUUUUAUUGACUGUGGGUAUCUUCAUUUUAAUAUUAAUCAUUGUGGCAUCAUGUGUCCUUGGUAUAUAUUUAAAAUCUCAAGAAGAAACAAAAUCCUGGAAAGGAAAUGGAACUUCUAGAAAUCUGCAAGAAAUUGUCCUUGGGAGAUGUUAUGGCUAUUUGGCAAAAAAUCCAAAUUUAGGCGAAAGGGAUUGUAAUAAAAUCUGGCAAGAGCUGACGAAUGCAGUGUACAAGAAAGACCCGUGCUCAAUUACAGAAGACAGCUACAACAACUUAAUAAAACUCACACAAGAAGCAAUACCGUGUAACAAGUCACUUCUUUGGAGCAGAACAAAUAUUCUUGUUCAUCAGUUCACAAAAGUAAGAGAAGAUUUCACAACCUUAGAGGAUACAUUCCUGGGCUCUAUGUUCGAUGGCCUUACGUGGUGUGGGAAAACCAACAGCGCAGGGAUGAAUUUUAAGUCUUGCCCAGCUUGGGAUGAAUGUGCCAACAACUCUAUAUCCUCCUUCUGGAAGAAGGCAUCUGCUGCAUUUGCAAAAUCAUCAUGCGGUGUGGUCCAGGUAAUGCUUAAUGGUUCAACUGACGGCAACAUUGUUAGAGAAGACAGUAUCCUAAAAAGUAUUGAAAUACCCAGCAUGAAUCCAGACAUGGUAUCUGAAUUAAUAAUCUGGCUUAUGAACAGCCCUGGUGGUGGAAGCAGCAAUUCAUGCAGUAACAAGUCAUUAGUGGCUUUAAAAGAAUAUAUUGAAAAACACAAGAUCAGAAGUUCUUGCAAAGUUGACUACAGACCAGUUCGGCUACUGCAAUGUAUAGAGAACCCGGGGGCUGCAGACUGCACAACCUAUUAUUAUUAAAGAGCAUUUAGCUUUUUUUUGGAGCUAAAUCUGUCCUCUAGCAGCAAUUCAGUGCCUCUUCCCAGAGUCAAGACGCAAUGCUCAAUGUGAUCUCUUAGGACCAAGUUUAACAGUGAACUUUGUUUAGGGUUGCGAUAGUAUGUCGUCUACAAGUUUACAAGGCCUUUAAAGCACAUUAGCGAAUGCAAUGCAAGGGAGCCUUUUUGAAAAACCUUUUAAGAAUUAGAUCUACAAGGACCACAAACAACAUGAUGCAUUAUUACACAAUUUUCAAUACACUUAUGCUUCUGUGAUGCAUAAUUUACAUGGGACAGUUUGUUGAUGGUGCUUGGAGGACCCUGCGAUUGGUUGGGUCUAGACAGAACACUUGCUAUUGGCUACUCCAAUUCUAUCUACAGAAUGUGUUCACUCAAACAGCAGAGAAUUGAGCAGUGGGACUGAAGAGGCAUGAUCUAUACACCCAAACUGCUCCAUUAUGCUAAAGUUGUUUUGAUGCCAAUAGUA